CCCUCCGCGUCACAACGCACGCUAGCUUAGCUUAGCAACGCCGCCCGCGGCCGUCAUGUGACACCCGACGGUUGGCCGUGCGAGUCACCGCGACGCCUUGACGCCGAGGCGGCGGCGCCCAGGGAGGGAACGCUCUAGGAGAUCGUCCCGGCGGGUUUCUCCGUGGUUUAUUUCUUUCUGAUAAGAAUAACCGUAGCGACGACGACAACAACAACAACAACAACAACGCCGACUCGCGCCGUCCGCCCCGUGUCGUCGGCGGGUUCAUCCGGAUAAUGUCCUCGGCAAAGGCGGAGGAGGACGACCAGAGGUGGGAGCCGACGCACGUCCAGGUGACGGUCCUGCGGGGUAGAGGGUUACGCGGCAAGGGCAAGCACGGCACCAGCGACGUCUACACCAUCAUCCAGGUGGGGAAGGAGAAGUACUCGACGUGCGUAGCGGAGAAGACCACCUCCCCGGAAUGGAGGGAGGAGUGCUCCUUCGAGUUGCCGCCCGGGGCGCUGAGCGGAGCGGGGCGCGGCGCCCCCCCGCCCGGGACCACCGAGCUGGUCCUCACGGUGAUGCACCGCGCUCUCAUCGGGCUGGAUGUGUUCCUCGGGCAGGCGGUGGUGCCGCUGGACAAGGCCUUUCAGGACAGAAUGUGCAUCAAAAACGAGUGGUACAAACUCAACUCCAAAACAGGGAAGAAGGAGAAAGAGCGAGGGGACAUUCAGGUGACCGUCCAGUUCACCCGUAACAACCUGACAGCUAGCAUGUAUGACCUGGUCAUGAAGGACAAAGGCGUCUCCACGUUUAGCAAGCUGAAAGAGCGUAUAAGGGGAAAGAAGCGGUCCUGUGACGAGGACUCGUCGUCCGCCAUCUUGCCGGGAGGCUAUGGCGCCCUCUACCGCAUGCGCAACCGGCUGCCGAGUGAUGGAGGUGGAGAGGAGGAAUACGAGGACGACGAGGGCGGUGAGGCUCGGCGGAGUAAGAUGAGGAACUUUUUCCUAAGAGGGAAGCUGCGGAAGUCGUCGGACACGCGCUCCAGCACGUCGCUGGGCUCAGAGAGCAGCGAGUCGUCGUCGCGGGGCGGCAGCCUCAGCCCUACGGCGGGCAUCAGCGUGGUGGUCUCUGACCUCUCCAACUCCCCGAGUAACAGCAGUAACCUGACAGCAGAUAACAGUCCUGAUCACACGGCGACUGCGUCCCCUAAGUUGUCUCCCCAAAAGUAUGAGUUUGGCGAGGAGGCAGGGGAGAUCACCAUUACUGUGCCUCAGCCCUCGCUGUGUGUUAAUGGAAGCUAUGUGUACAACGUCCAGCCCCAGGACCCUGGCUCAGGAAAACCUGCAGGUUCGUUAGGCCUGGGACCACUGCACAAGUCCCUUCCACUCUCCAUUUCCUUGCAGAACCUCAGGCCAAAGGCCCCGGAGCUCCCCAAGGGCCCCACAGGAGAUGGCCGCCGUUGGUCUUUCGACAAGGCUGGCGAGGAAGAGAAGGCAGCCAUAGUGGCUGCCCUUGAGCAGAGUGGCCCCUUGCAGGGCGAGGCAGCAGAAGAGCGAGGUCCAGGUUCCUCCGUGUCAGAGUCAUCAGAGAGUCAAGGGAAAAAGCAGAAGAGGAACUUGUUCUCCCAUGGAAGGAGUGAGUUGGUGGGGAAGGGGCAGAGUCAGUCUAAGGUUGAGUCUGAGCAUGCCUUUGCUCUGUCUGCUGAGGACAAACAACACAGAGGAUGGUUCGGAUCAAAGGACUCCAAUAACAAACCCAGCCCCCACCCGGUGAAGCCCCUGACCACUGCCAUGCUGGCUGAGGAGAAACGAACGGAGGGCCGGUCAGUGCUGGCCAGUGGGCUGGAGAAGCUCAAGUCCACCAUCAGCCCUGGGAGAAGCAGCCAGCUCAGUGAGGAGUUGCAGUGUAAAAAACCCCUGACUGAGGGGGCAGGGUCUUACUACCACCUGACCCACAGUGAGCUUGUUGCCCUGCUGGUGCAGCGGGAGGCGGAGCUCGAGAGGCAGAAAGACGCGUUCGAGCGGCAAAGAGUCCUGCUGGCCAAGCGCGAGGUGGAACUAAAGAAGCUGAAGCCACAAGUCAGAGAUCUGGAGGACUACAUUGACACACUCCUCGUCCGCAUCAUGGAGCAGACACCCACUCUGCUGCAAGUGCGCUCCAAGUUGAAGUGACGAACGA